AUGGUCUUCCAAAUCAAAAACAAAGCAGAGAUAUUCAAAAUCCCCAAGUUCGACGGCAUACCCAACAUCUACUUCGGUAAAAUACCUGACCCAAACCACUUCAUACAGCCACAUUCUAAGCAAACGAAACCUCCAGCGGACUACCUGGGCACACAAAAAGACACUUCAAGCCCUAUUACCGGCUCAUGGUUCCGCAUCGAAAAGGGACCCGAGUCCACUCCCCCGACAUACGAGUACGACGAGGUUGGCGUGGUCAUCGAGGGCGAGAUGACGUUCAGAGAUGAGACUGGACAGACAGCGACUGUAAAGGCAGGAGAUACGUUCUUCUUUCCCCGCGGGAGUACGAUUACUUUCUCGACGGAAUCACACGGGGUUGCAUGGAAAUGUGGGGGUAGGCUCCCGAGCAAAUUGUGA